AUGGCCGCUGGCUCCCUAGACACCUGGUCAAGUGCACCUCCAGAACAAGCAGCGAACAUCUUAAAGAAGCUUGUUCUGACCGUGGGCAUUUCUUUGGACCAGCGCCGCAAGAACAUGUCACUUGAGGGGGUAUGCAGUCUAAUGUCUAGAGGCUCAAGAUACAAGACCAAUCUUGUUAUCUUCCCAAGUUGUGCUCGCAAGUACAACGCUGGUGAUUCUACUCCAGAUGAGCUUUCUACGACCAUCCAGGUCCAGGACGACUCUCAUGGUGGCAAGAAGCACUUCGUUGAAGUUGUGAAGGCUAUAGAUGACGUGAAUGCGUACAAGGUAUACGACAAGCUCCGUGUUGAGAGGAUGAACUGGCACCAGUUAGGAGCUUGGAUGAAGAUGGCUACCCGCAUGGAGAAAGAGGAGAAGAAGUGA